AGGCCGCGCAGGAAGUGAGCCCUUUUAAAUAUGGCGGCGGCCGCAGACAGCUUGGUGAUUUUCGCGGUGCUCUGAGUAUUUUCGUGCCGCUCCCUCGUGCCUCGAGCUCGGUUCUGACGUCAUGAGAAGCGCGGUGACGGGCCCCGUUUCCGGAUGCUUCGUGUGAACCGGACGGCCGUGUUAGCGCUGCUCAUCGUUAGCAGCUCCGUGUUCCUGCUAUUCCAGCUGCACUACUACCGGAAGUACGUCAGCAAGCACCCUGGCUCUCACAUCCUCCGCCCAGCAGGUCACCUGACUCCAGGCCACCUGACCGCUAGCCAAGUCCAAUGGCAGGUGGUGAAGAAGUUUCUAGCGUUAGUGCAGCACUUCAAGCUGCCACUGUUCCUCACCGACACCGCCGUGCUGGCACUGCUCUCCCAGGAUGCUUUGCGUCAGCGUGACCGGCUGGUGCGCGAACCCCACUGCAGCUUUCUGUGCACAGGCCGAGCCGUCACGUCAUUCGCUCUGCAGGCCAACCAAUGGAAGUAUGAUCCCGGCUUCCUAUUGGCAGCUGAGCAGAAAGGCUUUGAGGUGAUGGAGCUGCGGGGAGUGGACCCUCGACUCGCCAGCCUGGACACCCUAUCGGGAGAGGACAUUCCCCUGCACUUCUUGUUCCGCCUCCACAGUCAUGUCAUUCAGGUGGUCUUCCUAUAUGAGCGCAGCGGGAAUUACCUGUGGCAUGGAGCGCUGCGCCUGAAAGGGGACGCAGACCGAAGCUUCGCUGCCUUCAAAGUGCUCGACUAUGGGCGCUACGCUGGAGCCUACGACAGGCCGCAGCUCAUCCUGACCGUACUUGAUGGCCUGGACGUUCGAGUCCCGCGAAACAUUUCCCGUUUUCUGGCCCAGCAGAAACACGCCCGCUUCCUAGAGUGCCGUUACCGUGAUGCUCGCAAUUUCCUGCAGCUCUACCCUGAUGACUCGUCUGCGGCGGCGGUGGAUUUCCGGAGGAAAGCAAAGGCGUUGCUUCAUUUGACGGCUCAAACGCUUGCUCGCCUCGACGUUCCGUUCUGGCUCAGCAGCGGCACCUGCCUGGGCUGGUUCAGGCAGUGCAGCAUCAUCUCAUACAGCCGUGACGUCGACAUUGGCAUCUUCAUCACCGACUACAGGCCUGACAUCAUCGCGGCAUUCACAGACGCCGGCCUGACACUGAAACACAAGUUUGGAAAGGUGGAGGACAGUCUGGAGCUGUCAUUUCUGAUUGAAGAUGUGAAGCUGGACGUUUUUUUCUUCUACGACAACGGCGAUAUCAUGUGGAAUGGCGGGACGCAGGCAAAGAGUGGCAGGAAGUUCAAGUACAUCUUUCCACGCUUCUCGCUGUGCUGGGCGGAGCUUCUUGAGCUGAAAGUGCGUGUUCCAUGUGAGACGCUUGACUACGUGACAGCAAACUAUGGCACCUCCUGGAACAUCCCACUGAGGGUCUGGGACUGGAAGUCAUCACCAAGCAAUGUGCAAGAGAAUGGAGUGUGGCCUGUGGCAGAGUGGGCAGAGCUUAUCCAGGUGUACUGACUGAUAUUUUAUUAUCAGCUGUCAGUCAGCUGACCGGGACCACACACACACACACGAUUCUGUUAUUGAAACAAACUAAUAAAAGUUGUUUGGUUUUUUUUGUUUAAA